AUGUCAAACCCGACCUCCCCAACGACCGGCGAAGACGUCGGCAACCACCCAACAACCUCCACAGCCGGAGGCGCCAGCGCCGUGCCCACGCCCGCCAACAACGCCGGCGGCGGCUCAGGCUGGGGCGACAAAGGCUUCCACAAGGGCGGAGGGACAGGCUCGCCGAAUCCCAGCCAGGGCCUGGGCCACGCGCCGAUGCCCAACCCAGCGGCCUCGUUCGGGAACUUCCUCGGCUUGCAGGAGCAGAAGCACGCUGCCGAGUACCAUUCGGCGCAUCAGUUCGAGCGCGCGGCGGGCUAUGAGAAGGCGACGACGGAAUCCGGUGAAGAGACCUGUGCGUCGGAGGAUCAUAGUUUUAUGUAUCAUACCCCCGGUUGUCCGCAGAAUUUGCCUGGGGCGAAUUUUAUUAAGGAUGCUUGGGAGAGGGCGACGAAGUAUGGACGUGGUGCUUAG